UUUUACGUGUGCUAUUUCUUCAGCAUGGCGGAUUCAAACUUAAGGAACGACACUAUCCAUGGGAUCUAUUUCACGGAGCCUCUCAAUGGCUCUGCAAUGGAGCUAAUAUUUCUAAACGACAGCACUGCGGCGUGUUCGAACUUUACACUUGACUCCCGAUCCGUUUGGCUCGGCCUUUUUCUCGGUUUAUUUAUUCUGGUGGCGAUCGUGGGUAACAUUUUGGUUAUUUUGUCCGUGUUGUGCAACAGUCACUUGCAGACGGUGACCAACUUCUUUAUAGUCAACUUGGCGAUGGCGGACCUGCUCCUGAGCAUCGUGGUGCUGCCCUUCUCCGCUUCUCUGGAGGUUCUGGGCUGCUGGGUGUUCGGCCGGGUGUUUUGCAAUAUCUGGGCGGCGGUGGACGUGCUGUGCUGUACUGCCUCCAUCCUCAGCUUGUGCAUCAUCUCCGUGGACCGCUACAUAGGCGUCAAACACUGCCUCAAGUACCCGAGCAUCAUGACCGAGAGGAGGGCGGGCGUCAUUCUGGUUUUGGUGUGGGUGUCGUCCACAGUCAUCUCGGUUGGACCGCUGCUGGGUUGGAAAGAACCGCCACCCGUGGACGAGAGCAUCUGCAGGAUUACGGAGGAGCCCGGAUACGCGCUCUUCUCCUCUCUCUUCUCCUUCUACCUGCCGCUCCUGGUCAUCCUCAUUAUGUACUUUCGGGUCUACGUGGUGGCCCGAAGGACUACCAGAAGCCUGGAGGCGGGUGUCAAGCGGGAACGAGACAAGUCCGUGGAGGUGGUUCUGAGGAUCCACUGCCGCAGCGUGCUGGAGGAUGCGCGCGCGGUCAGCUCCAAAAGCAACAAGCAGCACCCGUUCAGGAGCUCGCUCUCCGUGCGCCUCAUGAAGUUCUCGGGAGAAAAGGCGGCCAAAACCCUCGCCAUCGUCGUAGGCAUGUUUAUCCUCUGUUGGCUGCCUUUUUUCUUCUUUUUACCUUUUGGCUCCUUCUUUCCAGCGAUGAAGCCAUCAGAGACAGUAUUCAAGGUGGUCUUUUGGCUGGGCUACUUCAACAGCUGCAUCAAUCCCAUGAUCUACCCCUGCUCCAGCAAAGAGUUCCAGCGGGCUUUCACCCGCCUACUCAAGUGUCGCUGCCGCCAGAGGCGGAGGGCUCUGCGUCGCUUCUAUGACCAGAAAUGGCGCUCGGCCAUCAGGGGAAUGGCGUUGGAACAAAGAGGGGAACACGAGUCAGGCUACACCACGCACGGCUCCUGCGGCAGCUCUUUGUUAAGCAAGCCAGGGGGGAGUUUAAAGAGAUGGAACCUGUUCCCACCGCUGCAGAAGUCCUCCUUUCAGCUCAAAGAAACAGUGAACAACCUGUCAAAUAAAAUUAAGGGAAGCACGGGGCGAGGAAGUGCACCUGCAGUGGUCGAUGCAGUUUCAAUGGGGAUUUACAACGUGUGUGAACAAAGCAGUUAUCACAUCUAUGACUUGGCUGAGUGUUACGGCCUGAAGGAGACAGACAUUUAAGAGGACGCUUUAUUCUCAAAAGGCUCUUUUGGACCAAAUAUCAUUUGAUCAUUCACAUUCAGAACCACCACAAUAAAGGACAGAGAAUAAGAUUCACUGUAUCAGAAAUCUGGCUUGAUCAAAACGAAAUACUGAGUCUUUAUGUUUUUGUUAAAAAAAAAAAUCUUGUAUUGUGCACGUGGUCGUCUUGUGACCGGGAAGUGUAACUGACAGGUGCAACUGUUGAUUGUUCUAAAAUGAGAGCACGUUAAAUUAUUUCCAUCCAUCACGAUCACAAAAGAUUGAACACAUUUUUUUCAAUUUUGCUUG